GCGGCCGUGCCCCGCGUCGCGCUCCCCCGGGAUGGCCCGCGCGCCUCGGCGCUGCCUCUCGGAGCUCACGGCGGAGCGGCGGCGGCCGCGCUCGGGGGGCGCGCGGCUGCGGCGGCGGCGGCGCCGCGCGUGAGGGGCCGCCUCGGGCCGAGCGGGCGCGGCGAGCGGCCGGGCGAGCGCAGCCAACAUGUCGGAUACCAAGGUAAAAGUUGCCGUCCGGGUCCGGCCCAUGAACCGACGAGAACUGGAACUGAACACCAAGUGCGUGGUGGAGAUGGAAGGCAAUCAGACGGUCCUGCACCCUCCUCCUUCUAACACCAAACAGGGAGAAAGGAAACCUCCCAAGGUAUUUGCCUUUGAUUAUUGCUUUUGGUCCAUGGAUGAAUCUAACACCACAAAAUAUGCUGGUCAAGAAGUGGUUUUCAAGUGCCUUGGGGAAGGAAUUCUUGAAAAAGCCUUUCAGGGGUAUAAUGCGUGUAUUUUUGCAUAUGGACAGACAGGUUCGGGAAAAUCCUUUUCCAUGAUGGGCCAUGCUGAGCAGCUGGGCCUUAUUCCAAGGCUCUGCUGUGCUUUAUUUAAGAGGAUCUCUUUGGAGCAAAAUGAGUCACAGACCUUUAAAGUUGAAGUGUCCUAUAUGGAAAUCUAUAAUGAGAAAGUUCGGGACCUUUUAGACCCCAAAGGGAGUAGACAAUCUCUUAAAGUUCGAGAACAUAAAGUUCUGGGACCAUAUGUAGAUGGUUUAUCUCAACUAGCUGUCACUAGUUUUGAGGAUAUUGAGUCAUUGAUGUCUGAGGGAAAUAAGUCUCGAACGGUAGCGGCUACCAACAUGAACGAGGAAAGCAGCCGCUCCCAUGCUGUGUUCAAUAUCAUCAUCACGCAGACACUUUAUGACCUGCAGUCUGGGAACUCCGGGGAGAAAGUCAGUAAGGUCAGCUUGGUAGACCUGGCGGGUAGCGAGAGAGUAUCUAAAACAGGAGCUGCAGGAGAGCGACUCAAAGAAGGCAGCAACAUUAACAAAUCGCUUACAACCUUGGGGUUGGUUAUAUCAUCACUGGCUGACCAGGCGGCUGGCAAGGGUAAAAACAAAUUUGUGCCUUAUCGCGAUUCAGUCCUCACUUGGCUACUUAAGGACAAUUUGGGAGGAAAUAGCCAAACCUCUAUGAUAGCUACCAUCAGCCCAGCAGCAGAUAACUAUGAAGAGACCCUCUCCACGUUAAGAUAUGCAGACCGAGCCAAAAGGAUUGUGAACCAUGCUGUUGUGAAUGAGGACCCCAACGCAAAAGUGAUCCGAGAACUGCGGGAGGAAGUUGAAAAACUGAGAGAGCAGCUCUCUCAGGCAGAGGCCAUGAAGGCCCCUGAACUAAAGGAGAAGCUUGAAGAGUCUGAAAAGCUGAUAAAAGAACUAACAGUGACUUGGGAAGAGAAGCUGAGGAAAACAGAAGAGAUUGCACAGGAAAGACAACGACAGCUUGAAAGCAUGGGGAUUUCCCUGGAGAUGUCUGGUAUCAAGGUGGGGGAUGACAAAUGCUACUUAGUCAACCUGAAUGCAGACCCUGCUCUUAACGAACUUCUGGUUUAUUAUUUAAAGGAUCACACCAGGGUGGGUGCAGAUACCUCACAGGAUAUCCAGCUUUUUGGCAUAGGGAUUCAGCCUGAGCACUGUGAGAUUGACAUUGCCUCUGAUGGAGACGUCACUCUUACUCCAAAAGAAAAUGCAAGGUCCUGUGUGAACGGCACCCUUGUGUGCAGUACCACCCAGCUGUGGCAUGGUGACCGAAUCCUAUGGGGAAAUAAUCACUUUUUUAGAAUAAACUUACCUAAGAGGAAGCGCCGAGAUUGGUUGAAAGACUUUGAAAAAGAAACGGGUCCACCGGAGCAUGACCUGGAUGCAGCCAGUGAGGCUUCCUCUGAACCAGACUAUAACUAUGAAUUUGCACAGAUGGAAGUUAUCAUGAAAACUCUGAAUAGUAAUGACCCAGUUCAAAACGUGGUUCAGGUCCUGGAGAAACAAUACCUAGAAGAAAAGAGAAGUGCCCUAGAGGAGCAGCGGCUCAUGUAUGAGCGGGAACUGGAGCAACUCCGCCAGCAGCUCUCCCCCGAGAGGCAGUCGCAGAGCAGCGGCCCCGACCGCCUGGCCUACAGCAGCCAGACAGCGCAGCAGAAGGUGACCCAGUGGGCAGAGGAGAGGGAUGAACUCUUCCGACAAAGCCUGGCAAAACUGCGAGAGCAGCUGGUUAAAGCUAACACCUUGGUGAGGGAAGCCAACUUCCUGGCUGAGGAAAUGAACAAACUCACCGAUUACCAGGUGACUCUUCAGAUCCCUGCUGCAAACCUCAGUGCCAAUAGGAAGAGAGGUGCAAUAGUGAGUGAGCCAGCUAUCCAAGUGAGGAGGAAAGGAAAGAGCACCCAAGUGUGGACCAUUGAGAAGCUGGAGAAUAAAUUAAUUGAUAUGAGAGACCUUUACCAAGAAUGGAAGGAAAAAGUUCCCGAGGCCAAGAGACUCUAUGGGAAACGAGGUGACCCUUUCUAUGAAGCCCAAGAGAAUCACAACCUCAUCGGGGUGGCGAAUGUGUUCUUGGAAUGUCUCUUCUGUGACGUGAAACUUCAGUAUGCAGUCCCCAUCAUCAGCCAGCAGGGGGAGGUUGCAGGGCGUCUCCACGUGGAAGUGAUGCGUGUUACUGGAGCUGUUCCAGAGCGUGUAGUGGAGGAUGACUCUUCGGAGAAUUCCAGUGAAAGUGGGAGCCUUGAAGUCGUAGACAGCAGCGGGGAGAUGAUUCACCGAGUCAAAAAACUGACAUGUCGGGUAAAAAUUAAAGAAGCAACAGGGCUGCCCUUAAACCUCUCAAAUUUCGUCUUCUGUCAAUACACAUUCUGGGACCGGUGUGAGUCUACAGUGGCUGCCCCGGUGGUAGACCCCGAGGUGCCUUCACCACAGUCCAAGGACGCCCAGUACACAGUGACCUUCUCCCACUGUAAGGACUAUGUGGUGAAUGUAACGGAAGAAUUCCUGGAGUUCAUUUCAGAUGGAGCAUUGGCCAUUGAAGUCUGGGGCCACCGGUGCGCUGGAAAUGGCAGCUCUAUCUGGGAGGUCGAUUCUCUUCACGCUAAGACAAGAACACUGCAUGACAGGUGGAAUGAAGUAACUCGAAGAAUAGAAAUGUGGAUCUCCAUAUUAGAACUGAAUGAGUUAGGGGAGUAUGCUGCAGUAGAACUUCAUCAGGCGAAAGAUGUCAACACAGGGGGCAUCUUUCAACUCAGACAGGGUCAUUCCCGUAGAGUGCAAGUCACGGUAUCACCUGUGCAGCAUUCAGGGACAUUGCCGCUUAUGGUUGAAGCCAUCCUGUCAGUAGCCAUCGGUUGUGUAACUGCCAGGUCCACCAAACUCCAGAGAGGGCUGGACAGUUACCAGAGAGAUGAUGAGGAUGGUGAUGAUAUGGAUAGUUAUCAGGAAGAAGACUUAAACUGCGUAAGAGAGAGGUGGUCAGAUGCACUCAUUAAACGGCGAGAAUACUUGGAUGAACAGAUAAAAAAAGUGAGCAAUAAAACAGAGAAAACAGAGGACGAUGUCGAGCGGGAAACCCAGCUUGUGGAGCAGUGGGUAGGGCUAACCGAGGAAAGGAACGCUGUGCUGGUGCCUGCCCCAGGCAGUGGGAUUCCUGGAGCACCUGCCGACUGGAUCCCACCUCCUGGAAUGGAAACCCACAUACCAGUUCUCUUCCUCGACUUGAAUGCGGAUGACCUCAGUGCCAAUGAGCAGCUCGUAGGCCCCCAUGCAUCCGGAGUGAACUCCAUCCUGCCCAAGGAGCAUGGCAGCCAGUUUUUCUACCUGCCCAUCAUAAAACACAGUGAUGAUGAGGUUUCAGUCACAGCCUCUUGGGAUUCCUCGGUGCAUGAUUCUGUUCACUUGAAUAGGGUCACACCACAGAAUGAAAGGAUUUACCUAAUUGUGAAAACCACAGUCCAGCUCAGCCACCCGGCUGCUAUGGAGCUAGUAUUACGAAAACGGAUUGCCGCCAAUAUUUACAACAAGCAGAGUUUCACACAGAGUUUGAAGAGGAGAAUAUCCCUGAAAAAUAUAGUUUAUUCCUGUGGUGUAACUUAUGAAAUAGUGUCCAAUAUACCAAAGGCAACUGAGGAGAUAGAGGACCGGGAAACGCUGGCCCUCCUGGCAGCAAGGAGUGAAAACGAAGGCACGUCAGACGGGGAGACGUACAUUGAGAAGUACACUCGGGGUGUGCUGCAGGUGGAAAACAUUCUGAGUCUUGAACGGCUCCGGCAGGCUGUCUCGGUCAAAGAAGCCCUUUCCACCAAAGCCCGGCACAUUCGGAGGAGCCUCAGUACACCAAAUGUUCAUAAUGUCUCUUCCAGCCGACCAGACCUUUCUGGCUUUGAUGAAGAUGAUAAGGGUUGGCCAGAGAACCAGUUAGACAUGUCUGACUACAGCUCCAGUUACCAAGAUGUAGCAUGUUAUGGAACUUUACCCAGGGAUUCUCCUCGAAGAAAUAAAGAAGGUUGUACAUCAGAGACUCCUCAUGCCUUAACCAUCAGCCCUUUUAAAGCAUUCUCUCCUCAGCCGCCAAAGUUUUUCAAGCCCCUAAUGCCUGUAAAAGAGGAGCAUAAGAAAAGGAUAGCCCUUGAAGCGAGGCCUCUUCUAAGCCAGGAGAGCAUGCCUCCACCUCAGGCACAUAACCCUGGCUGCAUUGUGCCCUCAGGAAGCAAUGGCAGCAGCAUGCCAGUAGAACACAAUAGCAAACGUGAGAAGAAGAUUGACUCUGAGGAGGAAGAAAAUGAGCUGGAAGCUAUUAACAGGAAGCUGAUAAGUUCACAGACUUAUGUGCCUGUGGAGUUUGCUGAUUUCAGUGUUUACAAUGCCAGCUUGGAGAACAGGGAAUGGUUUUCCUCAAAAGUAGAUCUGUCAAACUCACGGGUCUUGGAGAAAGAAGUGUCCCGUAGCCCUACCACCAGCAGUAUUACCAGUGGCUACUUUUCCCACAGUGCCUCCAAUGCCACCCUGUCUGAUAUGGUGGUCCCUUCUAGCGACAGCUCAGAUCAGCUGGCCCUUCAGACAAAGGACGCAGACUCCACCGAGCACUCUACACCAUCACUUGUGCAUGAUUUCAGGCCGUCCUCAAACAAAGAGUUAACAGAAGUCGAAAAAGUCUUGGUAAAGGACAAGAUAAUUAUGGUGCCACUCAAGGAAAACAGUGCCUUAGCCAAAGGGAGCCCAUCAUCCCAAAGCAUCCCUGAGAAAAACUCCAGAUCGCUGUGCAGGACUGGCUCAUGUGCAGAACUAGAUGUCUGCCCCAGCAAAAGCAGCCAGCCAGCCAGGGGAUUCUGCCCCAGGGAGGUGACGGUAGAACACACCACCAACGUCCUUGAGGACCAUUCUUUCACAGAGUUUAUGGGGGUGUCAGAGGGAAAAGAUUUUGACGGUUUGACAUAUUCUUCUGCUGGAGAGCUUUCGAGUAGGAAGAACCUACCAAAUAAAACAGGCAGCAAGACCGUCUCAGAUGGGCUCCACCACCCCAGCCAGCUGCAUUCCAAGUUAGAGAAUGACCAGGUAAUCAUUCCAGAGGAAGCCCUUUGGGUUCUGUGCUGUCAGUGAGUAUGUCUAACUGUAUACAAACCCAGAGGCUCUUCACUGCAACGACUUGGUAGUAAAGAUUCAUCCAGAUGUUUCUGACAGCAAAGAUAAGCCC